GAGUUAAUCUACUUUGUUGAUUAGUGAUAAAAACAAUUGAAUUAGAUUCACAAUCAACAAUCACAUAGUUGAUUGUGAGCUCUCGGAAGAGCAUAAUUAACAAAUUGUUACGUUGAUUGUGGUGAAAUUUAUUAGUAUUGAAAUUAUUUUAUUGUGAUGUUGAUUAAAUUGUGAAUAAUUAAUUGCAAGAUGGAAAACGAGUUGACCGAAAAAGUUGAACAAUUAAGAGCUGAGUUAACAAAGAUCGGAAUAAGGCCACUCGUCGAUCAACCUGAGUAUUUGAUCAAAUUUCUUCGAGCAAGAUCAUCAGAUGUGACCUCAACCGUGACCCUAAUGAAAAGUUACCUGGACUACAAGGGUGCGAAUCCAAAUAUUUUCAACCUUCCGUACCGAUUGAAGCCCGUUUUCGAUGCCAAUGUUAUGCGACUGUUGGACACUCGGUCGAAAGUGGGUGAGGCUUUGGUGCUAUUUAAGCCUGGUUAUUGGAAUCCAAGCUCAUUUAACUUUGACGGCCUCUUGUCGGCAGCGUUAAUUACCUUUGAACAAGCGGCCUUGGAUUCGGAGACACAAAAAGCGGGAGUUUUACUGAUCUCAGACAUGGAUUCGUUUGGUUGGAAACAAUUGAAACACUUUGGUCCAAUGGCCGCCAAGAAACUGGCCACAGUAUUGGAAAAAGUUGUACCAACUCGAGUUAAUGGUGUCAUGAUUUUCAAUCAAUCUCGAAUCGCUGAAAUGGCCUGGGCUGUGAUUCGACCUUUUCUCAGUGAACAUCUCAGAUCUCGAGUAACUUUCCAUGGCUCAGAUUACCAAUACCUUGAACAGACAAUCCAAGAUCCAACCUUACUACCGGCCACUCUUGGAGGUCAAGUAGCUCUACUUGAAUGUUCAGAUCUUUAUCGCAAUUUAGCUAAUAAUGAAAAUCUAUACAAAUCAUUUGGUUACAAUUAACUGAAACAGAUUUGUUCAAUAAUAUAAACGCCAAAUUCAAAUAAACAAAACAACAAAUUGUAAUUAUUAAUAAAUUUAACAAUCGAAAAAUCAACCAGGAUAAUCUCAAAAUCGACUGUCCAAACGUCGGCAAAGCCUUCGUUAUGCCUUCGUAAAUCAAUAACUGAAUCAAGAACUUUAUAUCGAUAUUAUCAUAGACUGGUAGUUAAAUUGUUCAGCAUUGAUGCCGAUCAGAAAUUUAUUAUCAUGAUAAUUCAGAGGGAGGUGAACGACAACUCGAUAAAAUCGUUCCCGUUGAUUGGUCAGAUGAUUGAAUAAUAUCCUGGUUUAGUAUUCCUAAGCCAUUGGACAAGAAAACAUGGACUGGUCAGGGUCUCGAAAAUGUUAAUACCUCGAUGUUAAUUAAUCGAUAAAUUUGUAGUCCCAUUUGAUUUUUUUAAUGUUUUCUGUAUUGGACAAGAUUGUCCUCGAAUCCGUUUCAUUCAAUCUCACCGAAAUGGCCUAAGUUGACCUUUUCUUGGAUCUCGAUUGUUUUCAAUCAAUUGAAAUAAAAAAAAAGAUUCUUAUAAA